CUCAGCUGACCUAGGGGCGGGGCGGGGGCAGGAACCUAAAGCCUCGGCUCCUUCCGAGUGGGUGAAUGGCUUCCCAGCCGGCCCCUCGCAGCGUUGCCUUUCGAUCCCUCCAGAUCUCCGGGGCGCCGGUCCCCAAGAUGCGCCUCCAGCUGCUCCUGCUGCUUGCGCUGUGCGGUGCAGGCCCCGCCGCCGCGGCGCUCCGCUUCAGCUUGCGGGGAAACUGGCGCCUCUGCAACGGUAACGGCUCGCUCGAGCUGCCCGGGGCGGUCCCCGGCUGCGUGCACAGCGCCCUGUUCCAGCGGGGCCUGAUCCAGGAUUCUUACUACAGAUUUAAUGACCUUAACUACAGAUGGGUCUCUUUGGAUAACUGGACCUAUAGCAAAGAAUUUAAAAUCCCCUUUGAAAUUAGCAAAUGGCAAAAAGUAAAUUUGGUUCUUGAGGGAGUGGAUACAGUUUCAAAAAUCCUGUUCAAUAAAGUCACUAUUGGGGAAACAGACAAUAUGUUCAAUAGAUAUAGCUUUGAUAUUACCAAUGUGGUCAGGGACGUGAACUCCAUUGAGCUGCGUUUCCAGUCAGCGGUGUUGUAUGCAGCACAGCAGAGCAAAGCUCACACUCGCUACCGGGUACCCCCAGACUGCCCUCCACUUGUGCAGAAGGGCGAAUGCCACGUCAACUUUGUUCGGAAGGAGCAAUGUUCCUUUAGUUGGGACUGGGGACCUUCCUUUCCUACUCAGGGAAUCUGGAAAGAUGUUAGAAUUGAAGCCUAUAAUAUUUGUCACCUGAACUACUUCACAUUUUCCCCAAUAUAUGAUAAGAGUGCCCAGCAGUGGAAUCUUGAAAUAGAGUCUACAUUUGAUGUUGUCAGUUCAAAGCCAGUUGAUGGUCAAGUGAUCAUAGCCAUCCCUAAAUUGCAAACACAACAGACGUACAACAUUGAACUUCAACCUGGGAAAAGGAUUGUUGAGCUAUUUGUGAACAUUAGCAAGAAUAUUACUGUAGAAACUUGGUGGCCUCAUGGACAUGGAAACCAGACUGGGUACAACAUGACUGUUCUUUUUGAACUGGAUGGAGGCUUAAAUAUUGAAAAAUCAGCUAAGGUUUACUUUAGGACAGUGGAACUUAUAGAAGAGCCCAUAAAAGGGUCUCCUGGUUUGAGUUUCUAUUUCAAAAUUAAUGGAUUUCCCAUAUUUCUAAAAGGUUCAAACUGGAUCCCAGCAGAUUCAUUCCAGGACCGAGUAACCUCUGAGUUGUUACAGCUUCUUUUGCAGUCUGUUGUGGAUGCUAACAUGAAUACUCUUCGGGUUUGGGGAGGAGGAAUUUAUGAGCAGGAUGAAUUCUAUGAACUCUGUGAUGAACUAGGAAUAAUGGUGUGGCAGGAUUUUAUGUUUGCCUGUGCCCUUUAUCCAACCGAUCAAGGCUUCCUGGAUUCAGUGAGAGCAGAAGUUUCUUACCAGAUCAAGAGACUGAAAUCUCAUCCCUCUAUCAUCAUAUGGAGUGGCAAUAAUGAAAAUGAGGCAGCGCUGAUGAUGAAUUGGUAUCACAUCAAUUUCACUGACCGGCCAACCUAUAUCAAGGACUAUGUGACACUCUAUGUGAAAAACAUCAGAGAGCUUGUAUUGGCAGGAGACAAGAGUCGUCCUUUUAUUACGUCCAGUCCUACAAAUGGGGCUGAAACUGUUGCAGAAGGCUGGGUCUCUCAAAACCCUAAUAGCAAUUAUUUUGGUGAUGUACAUUUUUAUGACUAUAUCAGUGAUUGCUGGAACUGGAAAGUUUUCCCAAAAGCUCGAUUUGCAUCUGAAUAUGGGUAUCAGUCCUGGCCAUCCUUCAGUACAUUAGAAAAGGUCUCAUCUACAGAGGACUGGUCUUUCAAUAGCAAGUUUUCACUUCAUCGACAACAUCACGCAGAUGGUAACAAACAAAUGCUUCAUCAGGCUGGACUUCAUUUCAAACUCCCCCAAAGCACAGAUCCAUUACGCACAUUUAAAGAUACCAUCUACCUUACUCAGGUGAUGCAGGCCCAGUGUGUCAAAACAGAAACUGAAUUCUACCUCCGCAGUCGCAGUGAGAUAGUGGAUCAGCAAGGGCACACCAUGGGGGCACUUUAUUGGCAGUUGAAUGACAUCUGGCAAGCUCCUUCCUGGGCUUCUCUUGAGUACGGAGGAAAGUGGAAGAUGCUUCAUUACUUUGCUCAGAAUUUCUUUGCUCCACUGCUGCCAGUAGGCUUUGAGAAUGAGAACAUAUUCUAUAUCUAUGGUGUGUCGGAUCUUCACUCGGAUUAUACGAUGACACUCACUGUGAGAGUCCAUACUUGGAGUUCCCUGGAGCCCGUGUGCUCUCGUGUGACUGAACAUUUUGUGAUGAAAGCAGGAGAGGCUGUCUGCCUCUAUGAGGAGCCAGUGUCUGAAUUGCUGAGGAGAUGUGGGAAUUGCACACGGGAAAGCUGUGUGGUUUCCUUUUACCUUUCAGCUGACCAUGAACUCCUGAGCCCGACCAACUACCACUUCCUGUCCUCACUGAAGGAGGCCAUGGGGCUCUGCAAGGCACAGAUCACUGAUCUGUCAGAGUUGCUGGUGACCGCCACUCGUGUGUUCCAUCACCCCUCCUGAGUGGGCAGGUGCAGUAAUGGGAGAGGAGGCUGGAGUCAUCACCACUGCCUCAUGUCUACUAAGUUCCAGGGUCUGUUCUGGGGGCUUCAUUACAUAAUCUGACUUUCACCACAGCUCCAAGCAUUAUCAUCUGCAUUUCGUAAGUGAGGAAACCAGUUUAGGAGGUUAAGUUAUGAGCUUGAGGUCCUGGAGCUGGGAAGCAUUGGUGCCCAGCUGACAGUCUAAUUUUAAGUAGAGUCUAUUAAUAUUCACUCUGGUCUCUUUGAUUUAUUGCUUCAAAGUAGCUCAAUCACCAAAUCUUUUUAUAAUUGCCAAGAUAUAAAAAUGGGAUGAUCAGGAUGUGUUGUUAUAAAAAUUGUGCAGCUGGAGAAUUUGGCAUUUGUCUAGUAGGUUAAAAACCUUUCCUUCCUUCUCCCCUACACAUAGCAAUUGGAAAUACAUGUUUUUAAAUUUUGCUAUCCUGUCUUCUGGACACUCAGGAAAUAUCUUUCUAGAAAGUUACAUUUUCUAUUUUUAGAAAAUUUUAAAUCUAUUUUACACUUUUACUUCAUAGAGUUUUCUACAUUUAAUUUAAAAAUAUAUGUAAUACCUAAUCCUUGUGUUUUAUUUUAAAGAGGCCUAACAAUUGAAAACAUACCUUCUUUCUAAAUAAAUAGUCACAUAAUAAAAUCCAAGUUAUCUCUAACAACUAAUAGAGAACAGAGCAGAAGGAAAUGACAUACUCUUACGUAUAUUUCUUUCCAAAAAAGAGAAACAAAAACUAUGUACUGGAUGAAUAUGUAGUCUCUAAACUUACGAUUUUGAAAACAAAAUUUUUUUCUUUCCUGAAUUAGGCCUUCAUUACUUUGAGGUGGGUAAUUGGGGUGAGAGAAAAGCAGGGCUCGCUCUUUGUUCUAUCUCAUUUUGAUUUCAGUGAAAUUUGUCUUUCUUAAGGAGAGAAAAUGAUAUUAAUAAUAAUGUUAGUUAACAUUUAUUUCUGGCUUAAUAUAGACUAGGUACUUGGCUUCUUAUCUCAAGGGAGAUGCCAGAAACUUGUUUUCCCCAUCUCCCCGAAGUCAGGGUGCAAACUUGAAUCCCAGGCUCUGCAGUCAGAUAUACAGAGAAGAGAUUUCCAAUCCAAAGAAGGUAACCAGUGUGAGCAAGGCACUGGCCUCUCUUUCAGCCUUGGUCUUGGAGCAGCAGUACCGGGGGCUGCCCUGGCAGCCUCCUGGGCUGGAUGGCAGGAGCUGCGUGAACCUUGUUCCUGUGGCUGCUUUAGGACGUUCCUUGGAAGAGCUGGGCGGUGUGAUCUGGGAAUUUGCCAUCUAUAUUCAAGCCUGAGUCUCUGACCCUGAAGAGCUACCUGAUAACAGUUUAUUAAUUUUCUUUUCUGCUUCUAUCAGUAGAUUUCCUUGUAUAUAACUCAGAACCCUGAAUGAUAACAUAUUCUACAAAUAUCUAAGGCUAAAUUGUAUAUAAUGAAAAUGGCUCUUUGAAAUUGUUUUUGUCACACAUAACAUAUAAUGUAAGGCUGAGAUGUUGCAUGACAAAUGUGCAGCUUAAAACCAGGUGGGGCUGGGCGCGGUGGCUCAUGCCUGUAAUCCCAGC